AUAAUAUACUAUGUAGUUGAUCUGCUAGACGAGCGUCUUCAGUCGACCGGUGAACGCUCGAAAGGUAGCAGCUGUGUCGUUGUGCACUCACACUCGAAUCACAAGUCGCUCGUACACCACGUGUUUGACACAUCUUAUACGGUAUAAGUCUUGGCGGAUUUCUUCAUUUAACAUUGCGAUUAUCAGCGGUGGUUUGCUCGUGAAUCUACUGUAAAACAAAUUGACAUUAAGAGUUUUUUUUUUUUUUCAUUACCGAGACUAAACGAAUUCUUUUCCCGAAGGGAUUUUUUUUUCAUUCAUGCGAUUGCGAACAAAAUGCCACAACUGAGUAGCAGAGCUGUUCGAACAACAGUUUUAUACCUGUUUAUAAUCGUGCAAUUGUUGCCGCUGCAUUCGUUUGUGGUCGGCGAUAAUACUGGCUCGACUAAUGCAUCAUCGGGCGCCGAAUUCCUUCAAAGCGUUAUUGGCAACAUGCACCGACCGAACCGCAAGGUGGUUAAUGAUCGAAUCGACGUCGAAGAAUACAUACCCGACGAUAUCCCGUACACUCCACCUUCUGACGAGAUAAAAAUGCUAUCGAAACAACCGUUCCAUUUCAACAAUCAGGCGAACCGUCCUGUCCAGACCGACACCACCAAAAACCAAUUGGAUUUAUUACUUUCGCAAAUAGCGCCUCAAUUUUUAAAAAACGAAUUUGCAGCUGAGUCACAAAAUCGGAUAGUUACUCAAGAAGCUCCGCAACAGUUAAACCAAGUUCCCGCCAACAAUCCACAAAACAUAAUUAACGCUCUUACGAGUGACACGGCGCAAAGACCACCGGACGGCAUGAUUUCCGGGUACAAUUAUUUCUUUUAUCCGCUGGACAACAAGGUACUGCAGCAGAUGCAGAACGGCAAUCAGAUGUCGUCGACGACGUCUGCGUCGGAUUCGGAACUUGCCAAGCCUGAAAACCAGGCGCCAGCCAAGCCCCGGGUAGAGCCUCUGUUCGUGGCCAUGGCUGGAUUCGUGGGCGUUGCGGUGGUGUUCCUCAGCGCGCUCAUGUUCAUACCGAUAUUGCCCAUACACGCGCUCACCUCUAAGGCGGCGUUGAAACGUGCUCCCGAAGAGCUGGCCUCGCUCACCAAGCUCGUAGCCGAGUCCAUCGACGGCAAAGACUGCAGCGAGAGGAUAGCGUGCGAAGUCGGCAGGGCCAUGCGGUCCAUGCAUGUGGGCAACAAACCCAUCAGAAUGAUGGAGAUAAUACUACCACCAGCGGUUGCAAAACAACUAGCUCAGAUAAGAAGGUCUGCAUCAAAGAAAGAACAGUGUCAUUUUAUCAUGUGCAAAAGAACUGAGGGUACAUUGCAAUUGGUGGCAAAACUAAAGAAAACAAAUCACAUUAAAACUAAUCACAAUAAAACUAUUCACGAUGUUAGAGAAAUUUUUAACAUUUAAGACAGACCGUUUUUGGAGAUUAAUUUAUUCUAGACGUUAAGUAAAUUAUUGUAUGUUUAUAGGAUUAUAAAGAUAAUUAAAUAUUUUAGUUAUGCCAGGGCUGGACAAAUUACUUUUUUCCACUAUAUUGUAUUUAAAUAGAAAUUAACUCACUCAAGUUUUUAAUUAUAAGUAUUCAAGUUAAAAAAUAAUUUAACUAGUUUACAGAUAAGAGUAAAAACUUCUUUACUUUCUCCGCUAUAAAAACUAUAUAUUAAGGUAAUUUAUAAUGAACUUAUU